AUGGAUCAGAUACCUCGACCAACAAUCUUUGAAUUCCAUGGAGUCUUCAUGUCCAAAUACUUCACUGAAAACUGGGACAACGUACAAAGCUUCGUAGCGAGACCAGAUGAUAUUCUCAUAGCUACUUAUCCUAAAGCAGGGACCACGUGGGUCUCUUAUAUCCUUGAUCUGCUGCAUUUUGAGCAGGUGUGUCCCGAGCGUAUGGCAUCCAUCCCCAUUCAUGAGAGAGUGCCCUUCCUGGAGAUCAGUGCACCGUUUCAUACUAAAGGCAAAGACCUGGCGGACCAACUUCCCACCACUCCUCGUCUAAUUAAAACUCAUCUACCAAUCCAGUUUGUACCAAAGUCCUUCUUGGAGCAGAACUGCAGGAUUAUCUACGUUGCUCGUAAUGCAAAGGAUUCAGCAGUGUCCUAUUUUCACUUUGGCCGCAUGAACUGCAUCCAGCCAGAUCCAGUUGACUGGAGCACCUUCUUGCAGGAUUUCAAGGAGGGAAAGACGGUGUUUGGAUCUUGGUAUGACCACGUGACCGGCUGGUGGGAGAAGAAAAAGUCAUAUUCCAAUAUUCACUACAUGUUCUAUGAGGACCUGGCUGAGGACACUGGACGAGAGAUAGACCAGCUCUGUUCCUUCAUCGGUUUGUCUCCUCCGGCCGAGAAGAAGGAAAGAAUCGCGACUGGAGUGAAGUUUGAAAACAUGAAACAAGACAAAAUGGCCAAUUAUUCCACUGUUAAAGUGAUGGACCACAAGGUGUCUCCUUUCAUGAGAAAAGGGAAAGUUGGUGACUGGAAGAACCACUUCACUGUUGCUCAGAAUGAAGAGUUCGACGAAGACUACAAGAAAAAGAUGAAGAAUCCCACGCUGAAGUUUCGCACAGAGAUUUAGAGGUCUGGCCCGUUUGCUUAAUGAAACAUUCCUGAACCGUUCUUUGAUCAAAUAAUGUGAGACAGAUGUUUAAUUUCGAUUUUUGGUAACAAGAAAAUGAUCUAAUCAAUCUGAUAAUAGGAUCAAUUAUCGAAGCUUUACUUUGACUUCUAUGAGCCUGAUGUUUUACUGUGAUGUUGAUCAAUUAUUAAUCAAUCGAUUUUAAUUUUUGUUGCACAUUUCAUAUAGAAGUAGUCUCAAUGUAUGUAUAAUAUAGAAACCAUUAAAAGAAUGGGAUAGAAAAUGCAUAUUGACACUUCACUAGAGUAAAAUAACCAACAGACAUACACACUCACACACACUCUCACACACACACACUCACACACACACACACACUCACACACUCACUCACACACACACACACACACUCAAACACUAACCGUUAAGAGAGAAAAUAAAUGUUUGCUUUUAAAAGAAAGCACAGCUGCAGCAGAUCGUUUUAAAUGCAUAUUGAAACUCUGCACCAAUGUAAUAACCAAGAGCAAAUGUAUGACACACAAACACACCUCAACUACCAAAAGCAUGAGAGAAAAAAAAUGUUUUAAAUUUGCUUUUGAAAGAAGAAGCAGUUGCAGCAGAUCUCAGGUCAGUGAAAAGGGUCAUCGCGACUCCGUGCAUCAUCACCUCGAUUACUUUUGAGUCCAGCUACAUUAAGGAGACACGUGCUUGAUGAUCUGACGGAUCUGGUUGUGUUAUAGUCUGUGACCAGGUAAGAAAUGUAUGUGGGAGCCAUACCAUUUAGGUCCUCGUACACCAGUGGUAAUACUUUGUCAAACCUAAUUUGAUAGAAAUGUACCGUAUCUACUGUUAAGCUGUGAACUCAUGGUCCUGGAAACAAUCUAAAUUAAAGGAACUAA